CUCAGACAGCCACUAGAGGGACUUCCGGGUUCUUAAAUCCUGAAAAGUGUUUUAAACGACGCUGGACGUCCUCACACUAUGCAUGAAGACCUCCAGCGUUGCCGGAAUCCCCAUAAGAAAGCGUUGAAUAAUGCUUUCCUAUGGGGAGGUCUAAUGCGUGGGCGGAGCCUGUCCCAGCGCCGAGGGACAUCAGCGCUGGAUUCAGGUAAGUCACUGAAGUGGUUUUAACCCCUUCAGCAACAUGGGAUGGGGGGUGGGAGGGAGAGGGGCACUGCAGGAACCCUGCAGUUUUCCUGGCACUGGAGAGUCCCUUUAAUGAAGCAGUUUUUGUGUAUAGAUCAUGCUCCUCCGUUCUCUGACAUUAAGGAUUUCUGUUUCUGUUUAUGCAGCCCUAGCCACAUCUCCCCUUGCUAUGACUGGCAUAAACUGCAUGAAAAAAAAGGUUUCAUUUUCAGAUCUGCCAGCAUAGUGUGUUUACUUUAGAUGUUUUAUCUCCUGCUCUAUUAAUUGAACUUUAAUCACAAUCAAGAGGCUGCUGCAUGGUCUGGCAGGCUAUUAACAGAGCUGGAGAAAUGUAUUUAUAUAUAUUUUUUUUUAAAUUAAACAGAAUUUGAAAUACAGGAAGUUUAUAAUUUAGAUCUCACUUUACAGGAAGUGUUUAGGAAGGAUGUGCAAGUCGCAUGCAGGGAGGUGUCACUAGGGCUGUAUAAACAAAGUGAUUAAACUCCCAAAUGGCAGAGAAUUGAGUAGUGAGACUGCAGGGCCAUGAUCUAUACAGCCAAUCCACUUAGUUUAGCUAAAGUUGUUUUGGUGCUUACAGUUUCCCUUUAAGCAAUAAGAAAUAAUAAUAUGGAUAAUGAGCAGCAACGUUUUGGCUCCUAAAAGCCUUUAUGAAGCUUUAUCUAAGCUGGUUAAAUAUAUAGUGUCCCUUCAAAUCCUCAAAUUAGUAAUAUUCAGAAAACACUACAUUGUUAUUACAAAGCUAGAUCCAUAAGGAUAACUGAGGGGAAAAAAAGAUGUCAAAAUAAGGACAAAAAUCUUUAACAAAAGAAAAUAACACAAAAAAAGGUUUUUCAUGUGUUUCCUUUGAAAUUUUGCCGACUAUAAAGUGUAUCGUUCUCUACCUUCUGAAACAAAAUCUGUUGAUUAAAUAAUAUUUACGUGGGUUUUGUUAUAUUCCUUGUCGUAUGAAGGACCAUGUUGGCUGCCUGUAGUUAUAGGAGACGCUGACUGUAGUUUUAUGUUGUGGUUAUAGUUAUAGGAGACGCUGACUGUAGUUUUGUGUUGUGGUUAUAGUUAAAGGAGACGCUGCCUGUACUUUGCCUAUUCCUGUUACUGACUGAAUACCUUUCUAAUCACAAACUGCUAAUGCUGCUGUUGAGUAAUCUGUCCACUAGAUGGAGCACUCGCCUGUGUACACCGUGUGGCUGAUAAAUGUCUUAUUUUGCAGAAUUUGGCAGCGGGUACCCCCCAGUCUGUUCGACGGCAUAUGACCCCUCGAGAUGUCAAUAUCGAAGUUGCACCUGGAACGUACCGUAUCUCAGGAGGUUCUUACGAUUCUGAGAGACAGACUCACAUUGUAAACAUUCCACCAGGACACAGCGUGGAUCUAACCUUUAACUUCUGAUUUAUUGUAAACAAAGCUUUAAAAAUAGACACUGGUCGUUAAUGUAAUGUGAACAGCGGUGGUUUCAUGGGCGUGACAAUCUCAGGGGCAUGGCAAAAAUGGCUCUUUAAGAGACACUCUAGUCCCACUUAUGCUUGCUGAAGUGCUUUAGGGGUUAACUGUUAAUAUAAUAUUCAAGAGAAAUCUGCACUUUUCUCAGUCCUCUUUGUAGCAAGCAUACAGCCCAUAGGGUUUUCUUCCUCGCGGUUUGACAUGCUCUCUAUGAGAAGCAUCAUAAGCAGGUCUCUUAUAGCGUUCCUUUAACCCCUUAAGGACACAUGACGUGUCUGACAUGCCAUGAUUCCCUUUUAUUCCAGAAGUUUGGUCCUUAAGGGGUUAAAGUUUAGAAUCCGAUGAACUAGCUAGCUAGAUCUGUACUGCGCUGUAGCUAAAUAUUUUUUAUAUUCUGACAGAUGAAAUGUACUUAAUUUAUAUGCUUUCUUUUGUAACUUCUGCCGUACACAGUUGACAAUCAUGUAAAAAUUAAGUGAAAUAUACUCCUCGUCACUGAAGUGCACUUUAUAUCAGGAUUUUUAUUCAUUGUUCCGAGAUGUAUACAUGUUUCCUAUAAAAAUGCCUAAUUACAGCACAAGCACUUACUGAAACAUAGAACAUGGUGUUAAAUGAAUAGGUUUGUAGGGGCAGUAUGAGUCAGAAGGGGUAAGGCUGGGUUGGCUGGUAUUUAUCCAUGCCCACUCACGCUCCCUUUGUGUUGGCGGAGGAGGGUUGAUUUUUUAAGUGAAAUGCCCACUAACCCUUCUGAAGAUACUGCUCUGGAUUUGGCACAAAGCACAGACCAAUCAUACAAUUUCUCUAGGUUUUAAAAUCAUUCAUAUUUUCACAAUUCUUAUUAAAAGCAAUAUGGCAUCCAUCAUUCGUAUUGUGAGAUCAGUCAGAUGGAGGUAUGUAGAGGUUGUGCUCGUAAAAAUAGUAUAAUUAUUAUUUACUAGCAGCAAACAUACCUCUGCCCUAAUACAGAAGGGUUGGCAGAGUUUAAAGAUUUUUAAAAAAAAAAUUCUUCAGUUUUAACACUGGCUUCCUACGCUGCCCUCACAUUGGUUUAAUGAAUACAUUUGGAUUAAUUUGUAUUAUUGAGUACGUUUUAUGUAUAACAUGAAGGGCAGCACCAAGUUUACACUCUGGGCAAUCGUUCAGCCGCCCUGUGACGCAAUGAGAGCUUCAGAGACUCGAUGCCAGAUUGUGAUUGGACAGUAAAUUAACGUGCGUCUAGCGGGAUCUUGUGACAUUCUCUGUGGAUAAAAUGUGCAAUGUUCUGUUGGGUCUUGUAAGGAUUUAUUAUAAGAAACUGGGAUAUUCCAGGCAAUCAGUCUGUCUUGUUUUUGUGUCAUUUUUAAUAAAGAUUUUAUAUUUUUGAUGUAA